AAAUUGAGCGAGAAGUCUGUAUCACCUGGUAAGCAGAGGAUAUGAUCAAUUGUGGUGAGUGGUGGUAAGCAGCACCGAACGUUAGAAGUUCAGAAUGUGGCAGAUGUGUACAAAUUGUGGAACGAUGUAUAAUCGAAGCAACCCGGAAGACCCAAUUGAGGAUUCGGUCACAACCAAGGCAAUGAAGCGAGCCACGGCGAAUUUCAGCCUCAAGAAUUGCGUGGGACUGGGCCAGAAUGGGGAAGUCUUUCGUGGUCGGCUACCGGACGGUACAUUUGUUGCGGUCAAAAGAUUCAAACCGAACUCAGCUGAUCCUCGAAUCUCGAUACGUGUCGAACUCAAAGUUCAACAUUCGAUAUCACAGCACACACAUCCUCAUGUUCGGCAAAUCCUCGGCGUUUCGUUCGACCCCGCACAGCCGCUGAUCAUCUACGAGUAUCUUCCCAGAGGAAGCUUGAGGCAACAUUUGCAACGAAGAAAGGGGGAUCAUCUCCUGAACGAUCCAAUUGCUCGACUGAACGUCGCCAUCGACGUGGCGCAUGCUCUCAUUCAGCUUCACUACAACUCCCGAUUCCCCAUCUUCCACAGAGAUGUCAAAUCUUCCAAUAUUCUGUUGGAUGCGGAUUACAAUGCCAAACUGGCCGACAUGGGAAUCGCUGUAGUCGUCCAGAGCGAAGCAGACCUCGACGUUGCUGAGCCACUCGGUGCAUUCGGUUACAAGUGUCCGGUGUACGAGCAGAGCGGACGACUGGACGACAAAUCGGAUGUCUACAGCUUCGGAGUGGUGCUCAUGGAGCUGGCGACGUUCAUGACAGCCUGGGACACCGAAAGGACCGUGACUUUGCUCGCCGACCUCGUCAUCGACAGGUUGCAGAGGGGAGUCGUAAAGAAGCUCAUACAGCCGGGGAAUGCUCCCGGGGGUGCAGCUCUCAUGAAAUCCUUGUUGCUGGUCGCUGCUGACUGCUGCUCCUUGGAUUUGAAUGUGCGACCAAGAAUCGACGAGGUGGCCGACUACUUGGAAAGACUCAGGGACGAGGCCAGUGAAGAAGCUGCUCUUGCCCAACAUAUCGAAUCUCUUGGAAGUUUGAGUCUUGCUUAAAUUACUGCAUGACAAAAUGGAAACCUACAUCUUUAGAUUAUGUCCACUUUGGUGUUGAAUUAUAUACAUGGACGAUUCUAUUUGCAGUCG